AUUUAAACUUCGCCCUCGGAUGAGUAGAGUAGGCAAGAUGGCGGCUGCCCCGCUGUACUGUGUGUGCCGGCAGCCUUACGAUCUCAAUCGCUUUAUGAUCGAAUGUGACAUUUGUAAGGACUGGUUUCAUGGCAGCUGUGUGCAGGUGGAGGAGCAUCAUGCUGCUGAUAUCGACGUCUAUCACUGUCCUAACUGUCAUCCCAUCCACGGACCCUCCCUCAUGAAGAAGAGGAAUAACUGGCACAGACAUGACUACACAGAGAAGGAUGAUGGGAGGCGGCCGGUUCAGGCUGGAACAGCUGUCUUCAUUCAGCAGCUGCAGGCCAGGAGCUUCCCCAGUGCCGAGGAUAUCGUGGUACGGAUGCAGGGAGGUCAUGUGACAUGGCAUUACCUGGAGACCGAGGGGUUCGAUUACCCCAUCAUAGUGCAGGACAUGGAGGGCCUGGGGCUCAGACUGCCCCCACCCUCCUUCUCCGUCAGAGACGUCCAGCACUACGUUGGUGGAGAUAAAGUGAUCGACGUGAUCGACGUGGCCAGGCAAGCGGACAGCAAGAUGAAGCUGAGGGAGUUUGUGAAGUAUUAUUACCAACCUGUACGUCCCAAAGUGCUCAACCUCAUCAGCCUGGAGUUCUCCGAUACCAAGAUGGCUGAGCUGGUGGACGUGCCAGACAUCGCUCGUGAGAUGUCGUGGGUGGAGAAGUACUGGCCUGACGACUCCAUCUUCCCCAAGCCGUUUGUGCAGAAGUACUGCCUGAUGGGGGUGAAGAACAGCUACACCGACUUCCACAUCGACUUCGGAGGAACCUCCGUGUGGUACCACGUCCUCUGGGGAGAGAAGAUAUUCUACCUGAUCGAGCCGACCAAGACCAACCUCGCGCUGUACGAGUCGUGGAGCUCGUCGGCCAAUCAGAGCGAAGUGUUCUUCGGAGAGAAAGUGGAGAAGUGCUACAAGUGCGUAGUGCAGCAGGGCACCACCGUCCUGCUCCCUACAGGUUGGAUCCACGCAGUUCUCACUUCUCAGGACUGCAUGGCCUUCGGAGGAAACUUCUUACACGACCUAAACAUCGGCAUGCAGCUCAAGUGUUACGAGAUGGAGCGGAGACUGAAAACUCCAGAUCUGUUUAAGUUUCCGUAUUUCCAGGCCAUUACCUGGUACGUGGCCAAGAACCUGCUGAAGACGCUGAAAGAGCUGCGAGAGGAGAAGCGUCAGCCUCAGGAGUAUCUGGUAGAAGGAGUGAAAGCUUUAAUCUCUGCCCUGAAGACGUGGCUGAGGAGGGAGUUAACGGCUCCGAACAGCGAGGUUCCGGAUCACAUCCGGCCGAGCCGCCUGAUCAAGGAGCUGAGCAGGGAGAUCCGUCACCUGGAGGUGCAGGAGGAGGAUCCGAGUAAACCGGUGAAAUCUCAGGGAAGCGCAGAAAGCCCGUCCGCCCAUUCCUCACUCGAGAGACGCCGCCAGGCACGACAAAUCGCCCGACAACUCGGAGACCGUCGUCGUCACCACCACCACCAUCAUCAUCAUCAUCAUCAUAAUCAUCUUCAUCUUCAACAUCAUCACGAGCCCAAACUCCGGUCAGACCUGGACAUCCUGGAGCUGCACACUCGGGAAGUGCUGAAGAGGCUGGAGGUCGGCCCUCUGGAGGAGCAGGACUCCCACGUGAGCUCCAAGGUGAACAGGAAGUUCAAGAAAGUUGUCCAGCCGUCUGCCGUAACCAUUGAGGGUAACCAUGACAACGCGCUGCGGCUGGUGCUGUGUAACGGCAGAAUCACAUGUGAGAGGCUGUGUCUUGGGAACAGAGCUCUGAAAGCUGAGAUGGACGAGACAUCGCCAUGCCAACAGCACCACGUUAGACCAGAAAAGCCAUCGUCAUGCCAACAAGAGAAAGUGAAGGUGGAGGCGGGGUUACAGUGUGUGGCUCAGGUCACUCAUCAUGAACUCAGGAUCAAGCUGACGAACCUCUCAGGGUUGCAGAAGGAAGAGGAGGAAGAAGAGCAGAAGGAUAGUUCAGAUUCAGGGAGCUCUGGGGAUGAAGAGGAGUGUGAGAUGCCUAAGAUGAGAAUCUCAGGGAGUCAACAUCUCAAACCACUUAAAAGGGAGCGUCCUUGCUCCCCCAGCAGGGUACCAGAGGGGGGCGCUGUGCCUCAGGAGACGUGGUGGAGUAGCAGUAGCAGUUCCAGUAGCAGUGCAGUGUGUGUCAGCAGUAACCCGAGUUCAGUAGAGGAGUGUUUAUACAGUGACGGUUCACUCUCUCCUGCACUCCAUCCAUCAAAACGACACACACACAGCUCCAGCCCCAUCAGCAACCAGGCCACUAAAGGAAAACGUCCGAAGAAAGGCGACGCGACGUCCAAGCAGAGGCUGGGCAAGCUGAUGAAGAUGAGCACACACACUCGACUGCUGUUAUAACAUGACAGCGACUCUCUCACACACACACACACACACACACACACACACACACACACCUCUCACUACCUAACACACACACACACACACGUAUAUAACUCAUACCUUGCAUGUUUAAGCUCCAAGGUAUGUAAGAAUGGCACUAGCACGCUGAUGCUGCACGGCGGAUAAUUCACAGCACACAUGCUCUGGGAAACUGAGUGAUUCUUUACUUAAUACAUAAAGAAUUUAAAAAAAAAAAAACAAAACAAAAAGUGCAGGGAAAUUUGUGAUGGAAGUAGCCAAAUGUUUAUGGAAGUGUUUUUGUUUGUUUGUUUGUUUUAAGUAGACAGCUUCUGCACGUGCGGUGCUCCAAUCACACCGCUAACACGCCCUUAUUCACCGUGAAACACGGUUCGAGUCUGAAAGUCGCCCGGUCGUUUCGAAAUGUUAAUCCCGUCCGACGUCGAAAAUACGGAAUUGAACAAGUUCACAUAAUCGAUUAUACGAAUUGUUACACAGAAAUCUUAGGAGAUAACGUUUUACUGCUGAAGCCGCCGCCAUUUUGAGCGCUUCCGCAUGACUUCGCGGCAGUCGCGUGGAACAAAUGGGAGCGCUCUGGGGAAAAUUCCUCGUUUACGAGCAGUAAUUACGAUUUCUACGAGGAUGUGAACGCUUUUUACAAGUCGUAAUUACGCCGUGAUUAUGACUCGGCGUGAACGCAGCUGUAUUUCGAUAAUAAUCGAUGAGAUUUUCAGCGUGAAGUGUUCGGGGUUGAACUUGAAUCCAUGUCGGUCACUAGCGUAGGUAAGAUUUAGACUUUUUUCCCCCCGGGAUUAGCUAGCUAAAUUAGUUAACUAGAUAGCUAGCUGUUAUUUUGUCAGAGUCCUCAGCCGGCGUUGCGUUUAUCGACGUGCGGUUGAAGGGAGAAUUUUUGCUUUCCCGAGUUAACGCUGAGAAACUCGAACGCAUAUCGGUUUAAUUUGAUGGACGUGUUAAAUCUCGCUAGCGCUUAAACUAGCAACAACAUGAUCGAUUACGAACGAACUUCACCCGCAACCGACUUCUGCAGAUUUGACAGGGUUUCUGUAUGAAUUUGCGGUUUUGGUCACAACUCUAAAAAUCUGAACGAUUAACGUACAGUAGGAACGCAGGGAGCGGGCGACGCCUCCCGGGUACGGCUCGGCCCGAUGGCGGUCCUGUGAGCGCGUUUCGGUGCGGCGCGACUGCGACGCAGUGAUUGAAGUGAAACGCAGCGAAACGGGAAAUUACACUCAGUUCGGACCAACGUCAGUGUUUCAUUUUUCAUUUACAGCGCAAACCGCUCUGUCCUGGAAGUGAACAAGGGCGUGUUGGAGACGGGAUUGGAACCCAGCCGGAGUGUUUUAUCCAUUCAGCCAAUCACAGAGCUCUGAAGCUACGUUUUGUACAUUUGCAGUCAGCUUUUCUUUCCCUCUCCUACCUCCACAUGUAACCUCCACAUGUAGCAGAAGUGUGUGUGUGUGUGUGUGUGUGUGAUGUUUCUUGGGCAGCUUUUGUACGUUUAUUUCUGUAAGAAAUCUGAUUAUAGCGCCUCAUUUCUCUAGUUUUAACGUUGAUCACUACCUUCUUCCUGUUCGGCUGUGGCUUAAACCCCGAGGUGUGAUGGGAACGGUGCUCGGUGUAGUUCAGGGUCAUUUAUAAUCCGUGUGAAAGUUUUUAAACGGUGCUGAAAGCAAUAAUUGUACAGUGUUUGAUUAGUUAGUUGGUUGGUAUUUUUUUUUUUUUUUUUUUUAAACAUAUAUAUAUUUAAACAGGCGAGCUCUGUAGUCAUGGACUAUUUCCAUCGUUUAAAACGGACGUGUAUUUUAUUAUUUUGUCAGUCUGGCAGAGUUAUUUCGUGGUGAGCGAUGCACUGGAGGAAAUUCGUAGCAAAAUUUACAAGCGUUAAAUUGUCGUUCGCGGGCGUUUCCCAGAUCAGUGUGGCGCGCGCCGGUGGUCGGGUUUUGAUCGAAACGGAUAUACGUGGUUAAGAGAAAAACGCGUUUUUAAAAAGAAUCUAAACUUUAGCUAGGUUCAACGUUAGCGAGCUAAACUAGUUCACUAGAUAGCAAGCAGUUGUCCUGAUUUUCUUCGAAAUGUCUCUCAGUUUACAGACAAAAACGAAGAAGGGAACGUGUUUUAGUAACUCGUUUCGUAAACUCGGGAAUCGGUUAAAUCUCGCUAAAUUGUAUUUAUAUCAUAGCAUUAAAACCAGCAAGUAUCAUCAGUGAACCGAGAACGAACUACGAGACACGUCUGUUUCGCCUAAAACGUCGCGUAGUGGACGUUUCUCAAUUCUUAAACGUGAUUGGUUAGAACCUAUACCAGGUUGUUUUUGGGUUUUUUGGGGGGGGGGGGGGUUGUAGCUACUCCAUGAGCCUCGUCUAGCUAACUCGCAUAAGUUGUUUUGACGGUGAAGUUCGAUAAAGUGUUACAAACGAGUGUUGGGGCUCGUAUAAAAUUUUACCAUAUAUAAUAAAUAAAUAAAUAAAUAAAUAAAUAAAACCUCGGCGUACUAACGAAUAAUAAACACGAUUCCUGAGCAGGUUUCAUUUUGCAACAGCAUUAAUGAACGGGAAUUUUUAUUUAUUCAUUUUUAAAUUGGGGUUUUAUGAGAGAAUGAAGGAACAGCGAGAAGUUUAUGCCCUGAUGAAUUCCUGCUUCGGACGAGUUUUGUGUGAGAUUUGGGAAACGCCCACUUGUUUUAUUCUUCCAUCAAAUUUACAUAAUAAAUCUGUGACCCGGUCGUAUAUACUUUAAAUAUAUAUAUAUAUAAAACCCCCCAGUUUAAAUAAAGAAUGAGGAAAUGAAGCACAAUGUUUUUGCGACACUGGUGUUGAUGAAAGCUGAUGAUAUUUGCCUUUCGGAUGAUGUGAGCGUGUUUAAAGCUCAGGGAGAAACGACGACGUGUUCAUCCUGCUUCACUUUUGCGCGUGUGUGUGUGUGUGUGUGUGUGUGUGUGUGUGUGUUUUUUGUGAAACGUGUAAAACGUCUUUAUUGGCUGUUAACUUAUUAAUUUCUAAGCGAUGAGGAACGAUCUGUGCUUCCUGCUCCCGGCUGUCGGUUUUGUUUAUUAUUUCUUUCACAUACAUUUUCUGUAAAUAUCUGAAUUGAAUAUUAUGUUUGCUUUUGUUUUUGUAAUUGAACGAGGAUGAUGAUGAUGAUGAUGAUGAUGAUGAUUCAUUUGUAAUAGAUUUUGUAGUAACGACGGGUUUUCUCACGUGACGAAAGAAAUAAAGGAAAAAGAGCCACUCGAAAAGAA